ACAAAGUUUCGUCGUCCCGUUAAUUACAGAUUUUUGAAGAGGUCCUUACUCAAAGAAAAUUAUGCAUAUCGAGGUAAAACGACAUUACCGAUGAAUCAGCAACAAUCUACGAACGGCGGUCACUUUAAUAUUUAUCGUUCCAAAAGAUUUAUCGUGAGAAGAGAGAAGACGAGAUGGACCUUCGCCUUGCGCGCGUGGACGGUGCGCCAAUUUCGGAACACCCAGUAUAUAUCCCAGUAUUUAUCAUUUACGAAUGCAGAGCCUGACGAGAACAACGAUCGGUGCUGGCCAUGGAUAAGUUCACUGAUCCCGUGUCGUACGAGAAGAAGCAGCACAUGCUGUUGCUUUUGCUUUUGGUGCUCCAUGUCAUGCAGCUUUUUCGAGGUUCGCCAUGGUUCAUCUAAAGUAUAAUUUCUCAGAGAUUGGAAUCAAUUAAUAAUAAUAAUAAUAAUAGUAAAAAUAUAUAUAUAUAUAUAUAUAUAUAUAUAUCUACGAUUAUUAUAAACAAUCUAAAUAUGUACGCAUAUUCAAAACUCAAUGGAAUUUUUUUGCGAAAUCAAGAAGAAUUCGAAUGUAAAAUACUUCAAUUAUUUGGAGGAACAAACAAUGAUCGAUCGAAUGUAAUUUUUUUUAUUACUGAGAUAAAGAAAAUUUUCCUUCGAUCGUGCAACUCGUCGAAAAUCUUUUUCAAAUAUCUCGGCGAUAUCAUUGAUAAUUUUUAUUAAUAACAGAUUCAUUUUACUCCGUAAAAAUCUUAA